AGCUCUUUAAAACGAAUCAAACUUUCAGAAGUUCUGUAAAUGUUGCAAAGGUAGAAACUUAUAUACAGCAACGAUUUCAUAUUUAUGGCAACUUGUUUUUCUAUCGUUAAUAAUGGGUUCAAUAAACAAACGUUAGGGUUGAGCGACAUUUUAUUCUGUAAGGUUUUACCGGAUGUUUCACCUUGUUGUCGCCUGUAUGACUUAGCGGUUAAACUAAUGUCAGACGUGGAAUUAGCCAGGCUAUACAGAGCUAAUAACGUAACAAACUGUAAUGACAGAUGGUAUGGAUUAUUACUAUGACUCGUGGACUUACAGACGUAUGGAUUUUUCUUUGAUCGCGGGAUCACAGAGACGCAUUUUGUUCUGAAAUGAUGGCAUGACAUGUUUGUUUGAACCUCGGUGAUCACAGUCUCAGCGCGUUCAUCGACCGCCUGCAGAGAAGCAGCGUAGGUUUAGCUACAAACUGUCAGAAACUAAUUCGCCAAAAGCCUGAAAUAAUGUCACCCGUACCCGUCCUUCCGCUGGUGAUCAACUGCUUCAUGUCAGUGCUCGGUUGCUUGGCCACACUGAAACUCAUUCCCGCUUUCAAAGAUCAUUUUAUUUCAGCCAGAUUGUACGGAGUGGACCUAAACAAAACAUCCAAAAAAGAAGUUCCGGAAUCUCAAGGAGUCAUCAGUGGGACUGUCUUCCUCAUCAUCCUUUUCUGCUUCAUCCCAGUGCCUUUCCUCAGCUGCUUUGUAGGAGAUCAGUGCAUGGGCUUCCCACACGAUGAGUUUGUACAGCUCAUCGGUGCACUUCUGGCCAUCUGCUGCAUGAUCUUCUUGGGCUUUGCUGAUGAUGUGUUGAACCUGCGGUGGAGACACAAGCUCCUGCUUCCCACCAUGGCUUCUCUGCCGCUUCUCAUGGUCUAUUUUACCAACUUUGGCAACACUGUUAUUGUGGUGCCCAAACCCUUCAGAGCACUGCUUGGGCUGCACUUGGACCUGGGUAUCCUGUAUUAUGUCUACAUGGGAAUGCUUGCAGUGUUCUGCACAAAUGCCAUCAACAUCUUAGCAGGCAUCAAUGGGAUCGAGUCAGGUCAAGCCCUGUUUAUCUCUGGCUCCAUCAUCAUAUUCAACCUGCUGGAGCUCAGUGGAGAUUACCGCGAUGAUCACGUUUUCUCCCUCUACUUCAUGAUACCAUUCUUCUUCACUACAUUAGCGCUUUUGUACCACAACUGGUACCCCUCAUCUGUGUUUGUGGGAGACACUUUCUGCUACUUUGCUGGGAUGACCUUUGCUGUAGUUGGCAUCCUGGGACACUUCAGCAAAACAAUGCUGCUGUUCUUCAUUCCUCAAGUGGUGAACUUUAUCUACUCCUUGCCUCAGCUUUUUCACAUAAUCCCCUGUCCAAGGCACCGGCUCCCGAGACUGAAUCCAGACACUGGGAAGCUGGGGAUGAGCUACUCUAAAUUCAAAACAAAGGACCUCUCUAAGUUAGGACAACUCAUUUUGAAGGUGGCAGAGUUAUUGAAGCUGCUCGAGGUGUGCAGGGGCCAGGGGGGAGAUGAUGAUUUUAUUGAGUGCAACAACAUGACCUUAAUAAACCUGGUACUGAAAGUGCUUGGACCCACCCACGAGAGAACUCUCACAGUCAUCAUGCUUAUCAUACAGGUGAUGGGCAGUGCAGUGGCUUUUGGGAUCCGUUAUCAUCUUGUGCGUCUCUUUUAUGACGUCUAGUUUACCAGGACGGAGUGCUGACUGAGGAAAAUAUGACACUGUUGUGGAACUGUUUUACAGGCUCACUGUUCAUUUGCCUUUUAAUGGAUUCCAAUACCUCGCUGACAUUUUUUUUAGAUUCAGACUCUUUCUGCAGUAAAGACCCAGAGCAAAAGUUAAAGCUUUAUUUAACGGGAGCAGAACGUUUUCAGAUACGUAAGCAGAAUGGCUAAUGGUUUGAUACCAGCAGUAGCACUCUUCUGGGAUUCAGUCAUUACAGGCAGGAAAAUGUAACUGGGUCUUAAUCACCCCACGUGUCCACCCUGAAAGUAUAUUUUUUUACUUGUUUUUUGAAAACAAAGCCUGUUACGUGUGGUUGACUUUUGGUCUUCGGUGUACCAAACAUUACUGGAUGAGUUGCUCAUGAAUUGCUGCCAUUUAUAACGGACCUCUGAACGUAGAAAUCCUCUAAAAAAAAAAAAAAGGUAAAAUAUUCACAGAUUCACACACUGCUCGAAUCUGCUGUUAAGGGAAAAUGUGCCCACGUACACUUUACUUAGCAUGACUUCUAACUCAUGCGAUAUGGGUGGGAGUAUUAAGCUCAUUUAAUACUUUUUGGUUGUUUCUUUUCCCUCUGAACAAAAGUGACAACAACAGAAUGGUUGUAAAGAAGAGCAGUGAAAUAUCAAGGGACUAUAGUUAUCAAUAAACUGUCCGGAGAGGGUUAACCAGAGGUAAUGAAGUCACAUGACAAUGUCUUGAUUAUUGUAAAAGAACGAAAGGUGUCCUGGUUAAUGAAAAUUAAUUGUUUUUUUGCCUUUCUUUCAUCCGAUACAUGGAUGUAUUCUUCAUGACCGAUAUGUAUCACCCCCGCAGUUUCACCAAACAUCAAUGUGAAGAAAAACUGGCACUGGACUUUUUUUAUUUAGGAGUGUAACUACAACUGCGAACUGUUUACCAUUGAGAUUGAAGGCAUAAACUAUCAAAUAAAUACUGGAAAAAUGAAGCUA